AUAAAUAUUCCCAACAGGGUAGUCUUUAUUUUUUUAAUAUAUUUUUUCUUCUUCUUCAUCUUCUUCUUUUAGCUUCCUUAACAGAGACUCUUUGCUGUUAUUUUCUGAAAGUUUGGGCCCUGUAAGCUACUGUGUGAUAUAUAGUUUGUAUAUGAAUGUGUUUGUGGAUAAAUACAAAGCAAUAGAGAAGCCCUUUAUUUCGUAACAAAGGGGGUGUCUCCUUUCGUCUUCUUCCUGAAUUCUGUAUCUAUCAAUGGAGGCCAUCUAUGGCAGAACCAGUUGCAGGCUGUUCCUUUCCGGAUUCUGUGAUUAUGUUUUCUGUUGAUUGGGCUUUCUGGGUUUUGUUUUUUAUUCACUAAAACCCAUUGGGAAGUUCUGAAAAAGAGAAAAAAAUAAUAAUAAUAAAGCAGACGAGCAGUUAUCAAGUAUUCCAUGGUUGACGGAAUUGGGUUAUGUGAUUCGACAUCGUUUUAGUUUUGACAGAGAAGAAAUGGACUAUCAAAUCCAGUGACUGAAACCAGACUCGUACAUUCCAAAUAGCGCCAUGGGUUAUGGUAAUUCAAGAUCUGUAAGAUUUCAAGAUGAUCUCGAAAUGGCAAAGCUGCCUGCAAUCAACGGUGAUGGUCUGAUUAAGUUUAAAUACACCAUUGACGGAACUCAAAUACCCAGUUCGAGUACUAAUAAGAAAGCUGACAAGGAGAUACCUGCAAGGCCUGCAAAAUUCUUGAAAGCCAAAGUACUGUCCAGAGUGUUUUCUGAGGAUUUCGAGAGAGUGAAGAAGAAAAUUUUGGAUCCAAGAGGACCGACAAUUAGUCGAUGGAACAAGAUUUUCUUAGUAGUAUGCUUAGUUUCUUUGUUUCUGGAUCCUCUCUUCUUUUACUUGCCGGUUGUCCGGGCUGAAUCCUGCAUUGACAUUGGAAUAAAACAUGAAGUCAUCCUCACAAUAAUUAGAUCAAUUGCUGAUGUUUUUUACAUGAUUCAAAUGUUCAUUCGGUUUCGAACAGCUUAUAUUGCUCCUCCUUCUCGUGUGUUUGGGAGAGGAGAGCUCGUAAUAGACUCUUCGAAGAUUGCAUUCAGGUACCUUCGGAGGUGUUUCUGGAUUGACCUCGUUUCUGCCCUGCCUCUCCCUCAGGUUUUGAUUUGGAUUAUAAUCCCGAAUCUCAGAGGUUCAACGAUGACAAACACGAAGAACGUGCUUCGAUUCAUAAUAAUUUUCCAAUAUCUCCCCAGACUCUUCAUUAUUUUCCCACUUAUACAGCAGAUCAUUAAGACCACUGGCAUUGUUACAGAAACAGCCUGGGCUGGAGCUGCUUACAACCUCAUGCUCUAUAUGUUGGCAAGCCAUGUUUUAGGAGCUUGCUGGUAUUUGCUCUCAAUUGAGAGACAAGAAGCAUGUUGGAAAAGUGCUUGCAAUCUCGAGAAGCAAUCUUGUCAAUAUGGAUAUUUUGAUUGCCAUAAAGUUGCAGACCCUUGGAGGAUUUCGUGGUUCAAGACAAGCAAUAUCUCUAGUCUUUGUAAACCAGAUGGGAACUUCUAUCAAUUUGGCAUAUAUGGUGAUGCACUAACAUCUGGUGUCACAAGCUCUCCUUUCUUUAACAAGUACUUUUACUGCCUUUGGUGGGGCUUAAAGAAUCUCAGUUCUCUGGGACAAAAUUUUGACACUAGCACUUAUGUUGGAGAAAUCAUCUUCGCUAUCAUUGUUGCGACUCUUGGAUUAGUGCUCUUUGCAUUGCUUAUUGGAAAUAUGCAAACGUAUCUUCAAUCCACAACAGUGAGACUAGAAGAAUGGAGAAUCAAGAGAACUGAUACAGAACAAUGGAUGCGCCAUAGACAGCUUCCUUCGGAGCUAAGACAGUCUGUUCGAAGAUACGAUCAAUACAAAUGGGUCGCAACCCGAGGAGUCGAUGAAGAAGCUCUUCUCAAAGGUCUUCCAAUGGAUCUUCGAAGAGACAUCAAGCGCCAUCUCUGCCUUGAUCUCGUUCGAAGAGUUCCAUUGUUUGAUCAAAUGGAUGAAAGAAUGCUGGAUGCAAUCUGUGAAAGACUUAAACCAGCAUUAUGUACUGAAGGCACAUUCUUGGUUCGAGAAGGUGAUCCUGUAAACGAAAUGCUGUUCAUAAUCCGAGGCCAUCUUGAUUCCACGACGACGAACGGCGGCCGGACUGGAUUCUUCAACUCCUGCCGGAUUGGUCCAGGUGAUUUCUGUGGGGAAGAACUGCUGACAUGGGCGCUGGAUCCUCGUCCAAGUUUCAUCCUUCCUUCGUCAACUCGCACAGUGAAAGCCGUAUCAGAAGUUGAAGCUUUUGCUCUAAGAGCAGAAGACUUGAAAUUUGUAGCAUCCCAGUUCAGAAGAUUACACAGUAAACAGCUGAGGAACAAGUUUAGAUUCUAUUCUCAUCAAUGGCGGACAUGGGCUGCUUGUUUUAUUCAAGCAGCUUGGAGGAGGUACAAGAAGAGGAAGGAGUUGGCUGAGCUGAGAGCUAAAGAGAAGCCCAUGGAUGAUAAUUAUGAUGAUGGUGAUCAUGAUGAUCAUCAUCGUAAUGGCGACGAUGAUGAUCAUGAGAAAGAGUCAAAGUCAAACUUAGCUGUGUAUGCAGCGAGAGUUGCAGCCAGCAGAAGAAGAAGUAUUGAUUCUGGUGUUGCUGUUAGCUCAGUACAGAAGCCUGAAGAGCUUGAUUUUUCUGUAUAUGAGGAAUGACUUCCUAAAUUUAAUUACCCUAUAAAUAAUCCACGUCUUGUCUCAUAUUUUUUAUCUUAGUG